GCUGCUGAACCACUCACGCAAGCCGCUGAACCGACCAGAUUUAUUGCGGAGAACGCGCACAAACACCUUGUUAACCUAACUUCUAUAGGCCCUAGGGUCGCGGGCAGCUACGAGAACGAAGUGCUAGCGGUGGGUGUGCUAGUUGGCGCGCUGCGUGAGAUCGCGGCCGGCGCUGCACCGCACCAUAUCAUCGAAAUAGAUGUGCAUACAGCUAGCGGCGCGUUCUCACUGUCUUUUCUGGAUGGCAUGAACAACGUCUACCGCGAUGUCCAAAGCGUAGUGGCGCGCCUCUCUGCGCGCGGAGGCCGACCGCCGCCCGCGAGCCGAAGAAACGCACUUCUCAUCAACAGCCACUUUGACACCGUGCCUGACAGCCCUGGCGCUAGCGACGAUGGCGCGGGGUGUGCCGUGGGCCUAGAAACAUUGCGAGCGCUAGCCGCGACCCCCGCCCCGCACGCUCACGAUGUUAUAUUACUGCUGAACGGUGCUGAAGAAAACAUCAUGCAGGCUUCCCACGCCUUCAUAACUACCCACAAAUGGGCGCCCUCCGUCCGAGCCUUCAUCAACGUGGAGGCGUGCGGCGCCGGCGGGAGGGAGGUGCUGUUCCAGGCCGGGCCGCACGACCCCUGGAUUAUGGAGGUGUACGCAUCAUCAGUGCCGCACCCGUUCGCAUCGUCUCUAGCGCAGGAGAUAUUUGAGAGCGGCCUCAUUCCUGCCGACACCGACUUUAGGGUGUUUCGGGACUUUGGAAACUUGUCUGGUGUGGACUUAGCUUGGAGCGCGAACGGCUAUGUGUACCACACCAGACUGGAUACAGCCGACCGAGCACCACCCUCCACCCUGCAGCGUACUGGAGACAAUGUGCUGGCUCUCGCUAAAGGGCUACUUCAAAGCGGUCGCCUCUCCCGCAAAGUGGAACGCACGGCCGGCCAGCCAGUAUUCUUCGACGCCCUCGGCGUGGGGCUCGUGUUGCUGCGGUCCCACUCCGCAGUCGCUGUCGCUAUAGCGGCCGUCGCCGCCGCCGUGCUGAGGGUGAAGCUCCAUGCCGGCUUGGCGAGGGAUGAAUUAUACUUGAAGCCAGGCGAAUGGCCUUGUCUAGUGGUGACCACGCUCGCCCUCGGCUUGGUGGGCGCGCUGUGCGGGCUGUGCUGGGCCGCGGCGUCCGGGGCGGUGCUGCACGCCACGGCCGCUCUGGCGUUCUAUAGCGACCCCUGGUUGUUAGCACCGCUGUACGCCGGGCCUGCGGUAGCGGUGUGCUGGCUGGCCACGCUGCGGCUGACGCGGCACGUGGCGCCGACGCUGCGCGGCUGGGCGCGCGCGCGGCUGGCCGGGGACGCGCUGUGCGUGUGGUGGGCCGUGUUGUUGCUGCUGUGCACGCUGCGGGCGCUGCGCUCUGGAUUCAUUCCAGCCCUAUGGACAGUGGGCCUGUCCACAUCUGGCAUCGUGGCGUACUUGCUGCGCCUCCGCGGCGGCGCCGCCUUGCUGUGCUGGAAUGUGGGCGCUCUGCUGCCCGCGCUGCAGACCGGAUAUGUGGCGCUCGACGCGUUGACCAUGUUCGUGCCCAUCAUGGGCCGCGCUGGACCAGUGCCACACGACAUAGUGAUGGGCGUGGUAUCGGCAUCGCUAGCGAUGGCGGCUUGCUCCUGGCUACUGCCGCUGCUGUCUGUAGCUCGGAAACCACAUCGACUAGCAGUAGCAAUGCUGGUGCUACAAGCAGUUGCAUUAGUUGCAGUACUGUUGACGCCAUUGGGUAACCCUUACAGUCCCACACGGCCGCAGCGAUUAAUGGUGUUCCACACGCGUCGCACGGACCACGUGACGGGGAAGCAAGAGUAUCUGUACUGGAUGCCCGAUCUGGACAGCAACUCGCCGCAUUCGCUCGACCCGUACGUGCCGUUAUUCAAGUCGGCCAUCCCGACGUCCCCCUCGUCCUGCGCGCGCUGGGUGUACUGCGGCGCGCCGUACUACCUGCCGGCGCGCGCCGUGGUGCCGCGCGGACACGCCGCGCCCGCGCGCGCGCCGCCGCUCACCGCGCUGCACGCGCAGCUGCGGCUGCAGGCGGAGACCGACCGCGCCGUGCUGCGGAUUAAUGUUACGGGGCCCUCGCAUGUGGUAAGUGUUUACAAACAUCCCGACGUCCCCCUCGUCCUGCGCGCGCUGGGUGUACUGCGGCGCGCCGUACUACCUGCCGGCGCGCGCCGUGGUGCCGCGCGGACACGCCGCGCCCGCGCGCGCGCCGCCGCUCACCGCGCUGCACGCGCAGCUGCGGCUGCAGGCGGAGACCGACCGCGCCGUGCUGCGGAUUAAUGUUACGGGGCCCUC